AAACACUCAGAAUCCUCUGUCACUUACAGUCUCACACAGAUACAGGGGUGGAAUUAUCAGCUCUGACAUAUUUGAGAUCCUGCAGCACAUCAAAAAGAUGGGAGUGGAAAGUCCUGAGCAUUCAGAUGCUGAUUUCACCUAUGAUUAUGAGUUAAUCAGAAGAGGAGGACUGAUCUUCGCAGCUGUUUUGUUCUGUUUGGGCAUGGUUAUCAUAUUCAGCAAAAAACUCAGAUGUGGAAAGUCCUCUGCUACGCAUGAAGAUAAUGGUGAUCUUUGACCUCUUCUUCGUUAACCUUCACUGUAUUGGGACACUUCAAUAUUUUCACCAAGGAUGACAAUAUCUUUUUCACUUUUGGGUUUCAACUUACAUCCAUAUAUAGUCUGCUGAAUACUGUAAUUUUUUUAGUUCACAAGAUCUGACACAAUGUAUGCAAUCACAAUAAAAUGUUCAAAAUG